AUGCACCAGCCUGCACCUAAUUUGCAUGGCCACGUCAGCAGUGCAGAGCAGUAUAUAUUCAAUCAAAUAAUGCAGCAGCAGCAACAGCAACAGCAACAACCACAGCAGCAGCAGCAACAGCAGCAGCAGCAGCAGCAGCAGCAGCAGCAGCAGCAGCAGCAGCAGCAGCAGCAGCAGCAGCAGCAGCAGCAGCAGCAGCAGCAGCAGCAGCAGCAGCAGCAGCAGCAGCAGCAGCAGCAGCAGCAGCAGCAGCAGCAGCAGCAGCAGCUGCUGCAGCAUCAACAGCAGCAAUAUCAACAGCAGCAGCAACAGCAGGUACGAAUGGCAGAGCAGCGGAGCAGCCAGGUGGGAUCCGUUGAUCCCUUCGUGCAGCUGCAGAUGCAGGCAUACCAACAUUUGCAGCAGCAACAGUCACAGCAGCAGAAGCAGCAGCAACAGCAGCAGCAGCAGCAGCAGCAGCAGCAGCAGCAGCAGCAGCAGCAGCAGCAGCAGCAGCAGCAGCAGCAGCAGCAGCAGCAGCAGCAGCAGCAGCAGCAGCAGCAGCAGCAGCAGCAGCAGCAGCAGCAGCAGCAGAAGCAGCAGCAGCAGCAGCAGCAGCAGCAGCAACCUCAACAGCAAUUGUCCCAGCUUCAGCUUCAGCAGCUGCAGCUACAACCUCUAAUGCAACAGCAACAAUCACAGCAGCAGCAGCUUCGGCAGCAGCAUACACAUUCACCAGCAGGGCAGGCUUGGAACCAACUGCAAUCAUCCCACCCUAGUCACCAGCCCUUCCCUCCCUCAGCCAGCCCCUGA